CGGCAGUGAGCGUGGUCUCGCGCAGCUGGUUGGGCUGUGCCUCCCUUUCUCUCUUGUCUGAUCCGACCAACAGUCGUUGUGUUUCUCCAGUUUAGCCCGGUAGCAGAAGUAAUUUUUUCUCCUUCCCCUGAAGACGUUGGUUGGACAUAACUGUAUCAGGGUCUUUACAGGAAGAACCCUUUUCUUUCCCACCCCUCUUCCCUUUUCCUGAAUUUUUUUUUUCCCCCCUCUAUUUUUUUUGGGAGGAGUGUCAUCCUGCUUUGCCAUCACAGUAUUGUGUUAAUGAUCUCGGCUCAGUCUGCACUCACUGAAGGACACAAGCCGUGUGGGUUGAACAGAUCACAACAGGAAACAUGAGUACGUCAAAACCCAGUGGGAUCAAAAUGCCUAGCAAGAUAGCUAGGCCACCUGGGACAGGAGCACCCAAGACUAAUCCCAGCACAGCUGGAGUUAAAGUUUCUUCAGCUGACAAAUCGGCGACAAGUCCCUCUGGAGGAGGCUCCCAGGAUACAGGAGAGAGCUUCCAGUUAGGGGAGCGUGUAUGGGUUAAUGGAAACAAGCCUGGCUACAUACAGUUUUUGGGUGAGACGCAGUUUGCUCCAGGACAAUGGGCAGGGAUUGUUCUAGAUGAGCCCAUUGGAAAGAACGAUGGUUCUGUGGCUGGGGUUCGCUACUUCCAGUGUGAAGCUCUCCGAGGAAUAUUUACCCGCCCUUCCAAGUUAUCUCGCACAGAGGAAGAGGCUAAUGGAACUCAAACAGCACCAACAUCCCGUGCUGCUUCUCCCACUGCUUCAGAUGGUAGCAUUGCCUCCCAUAAACCUGACACAAAAUCAACAAUACCGUCAUCUUCCACAACAACCAAGAAGUCCCCCUCUGCUACAACAGCUGCAUCAGCUUCGAACCUCGCACGCACAAACAGCGAAUCUGUCUCCAACCUGUCUGAGACUGGAUCAGUGAAAAAGGGGGAAAGGGAACUGAAGAUGGGUGACCGUGUAUUGGUUGGUGGUACCAAGGCAGGAGUGGUACGCUUCCUUGGAGAAACUGAUUUUGCCAAAGGCGAGUGGUGUGGUGUGGAACUGGAUGAGCCCUUAGGAAAAAAUGAUGGAGCAGUGGCAGGCACAAGAUAUUUCCAAUGCCAGCCCAAAUAUGGCUUAUUUGCUCCAGUCCACAAGGUCACACGCAUUGGUUUCCCUUCCACAACGCCAGCCAAAGCAAAGGCAACAGUUCGAAAAGCAGGUACCACACCACCAGGACUAAAGCGCAGCCCCAGUGCCUCAUCCAUCAGUACCAUGAGCUCUGUAGCAUCAUCAGCCAGUGCCAAGCCCAGCCGCACAGGAUUGCUAACGGAGACGUCGUCACGUUAUAGUCGGAAGAUUUCAGGAACCACAGCAUUGGUAGAGGCGCUUAAGGAAAAGCAACAGCAUAUUGAGCAGUUGAUGGCUGAGAGGGACACUGAGAGAGCAGAGGUUGCCAAGGCCACGAGCCAUGUGGGGGAGAUGGAGGAAGAAAUUAGACUACUCAGGGAUGAACAGGAUGAGAUGGAGUCCAAGAUGGACCACUUACGUGCCUUAGUCGAAGCUGCCGACAAAGACAAAGUAGAGCUGCUGAAUCAGCUAGAGGAGGAGCGCAGGAAGGUGGAGGACCUUCAGUUUCGUGUGGAAGAAGCUUGCAUUACCAAAGGAGACCUGGAGGUUGCUACUGUGUCAGAAAGAUCCCACAUUAUGGAGCUUGAAAGGGAUCUCUCACUGCGAACCAGAGAGGUAGCUGACCUGCAGCUGCGUCUUGGCUCCCAGCAGGGCACUGAGGACUCAAAUGAUGCUCUUUCUUCCCUUCUGGAAGAGAUGAAGUCUUUGAGAGACCAGUUAGCCUCUCAAGACGUUAAGCAGAAAGAACAACUGGUAGAAUACAAACAAAAGCUUGAAGUUCAAGAAAAGGCUCACAGCGAAACAGUUGCCCAGCUUGAAACUGCCAGUGUGCUGCUUUCUGGUGACAAUGAGCAGUUGAAAAGCCGCCUCAACCAAGCCGAGAAAGAGAAUGUAGACACCAUCGAGUUGUGGCGUUCCAAGUUAGAGUCUACCAUAGCAUCUCACCAGCAAAUCAUGGAGGACCUGAAGCAAUCCUUUGACAAAGGCACUGGUGAACAGGCAACCGCGCUUUUGGAGACUAAAAGUGCUUUAGAGAGGCUAAAACUGGAGCACAAAUUGGCUGAAGAGGAUGCUCGGGCAAAAUAUGAAACUGAUGCUGCUGCUUGGACUCAGGAGAUACAGGCACUGAAGGCACAGCUGUUAUCUUUGACUGACGACAAGGAGCGACUGGAAGAGUCCUUACAGUCCAGUGUUGAAAGAACUGAGGAGCAGCACCUUGUAGAGAUGGAGGAUGUUCUUGGAAAACUGCAUACUGCUGAAUUAAAAGUAAAUGAGCUUGAAGACAAAGAAGCAGUGUUGGUUCAACAGGUCCAGGACAAGGAUAGAGAAACCAAAGAGCAGAUGGCAGAGAUGGUGGCUCUGCGCUGCAAAGCAGCACAAAGUGACCAGGACAUUCUAAAUCUUAAGACUCAACUGGAUGCGAUCCAGAGCGAUGGUAACUCACAGAGUGGCAAGAUGAGUGAGUUGAGAGGCCUCUUGGAGAGCCAAAAGCAGGAAGUCCUCUCUUUACAACAGAGUCUGUCCUCUGUACAGCAGAAGAGCAGCACACUGGAGCAGGAGCUUGGGAGCCUGACACAGAAACUGUCUGAAAGCACAGAUGAGCAGGCAAAAUCAGUGCAAGCUAUUCAAGAAAUGCUUGAGAAGCUUAGUAAGAAGGAAGAACAGUGCUCAGCCCUGGCUACAGACUCAGAGUCUCUGAGACGUCAAGUUGCAGGACUAGAGAGGAAGCUGAAGACUGCAGAUGAAAAGCUUGAACAGUUGACAAAAGAUAAAAACAAACUGGAAAAUGAGAUUUCAGACAUGAUGAAGGCAUCUGGUGAUAAUUCAGUACAGCUGACCAAAAUGAAUGAGGAGCUGAUACAGAAAGAAAGGCGGAUUGAGGAGUUUCAGAAUCAGCUGGCAGAUGAGAAGGAGAAGGUGGCACGCUUAAAUGAACAGCUACAGCAAGAACUGUCCUGCAAAGACAAAGAACUCAAGGACACUAAAGAAUCUUCUCAGUCUCAAAUAAAUAGCCUUCAGGAGAUAGUUGCAAACUUGGAGAAGGCCGUUCAGCAGGGUGAGACCCUGGUUGAAGAGCUAAAGGCUUCACGAGAGAAAUCCCUCUUCGAGGCUAAGGAGCUCCAUCAGAAGGAACUUGAGGGGCUGCAGGAUCAGAGUGAAAAGUUGAAACAGGGCCUCACUUCCUACAAAAAGAAAACCCAGGAGCUGGAGAAGCUGAUUUCUGAGCUACAGCCUUAUAAGGAUCAGGCUCAGUGCCUUUCUGCUGAGCUUGAAUCCUACAAACAUGAUGUUGAACAUUUUUCCCAAAAAAUGGAAAAGCAAAGUCUUGAUCUGGAGCGCAUGUGUAAGGAAAGUGAAGAUGUUGAAGCUGAGAAAUGCAUACUGGAGAAACAGCUUUCAGAUAUGCAGACCAAGCUCUCUGCCCUUGAGAGUAAUUACCAAGCACUUUCAGUCCAGAAUAAAGACCUUCAAACAACUGCAGAUAAUCUUUCAAAACAUCAAGACGAACUGCAGUUAAGCAAAAACCUCUUAGAUGAAGAAAAAGGUGUUUUGAACAAGGAGCUGGACAAUCUCAAAGCCUCCCUGCAGGACGUUCAGACUGAAAACAAAACUCUGAAACAUGCUAAAGAUGAAGACCAGACUCAGAUUGAUGAGCUUCAAAGACAAAAUGCGCAUAAGAAUGACACAAUACUAAAAUAUCAACAGGAGGUCCUGCAAAUUGAUGUUAAACAUAAGCAGCUACUUGAACAAUAUGAAAAUAUCUGCAAAGAGAAAGGCAGACUUGAAGAGGACUUCUGUGAAUGCAAGUCUAAGCUAAUAUGUGAGAGGGACAACUUAAUAAUGGAGAGAGAUUCUGCCAGAAAUGCAAAAAAAUUGAUUGACACUAAGAAUGCUGAGUUACAAGCAAAACUUACAUCAAUAAAUUUGGAAAGAGAAGACAUCACAAUGAAGAACAGGCAGCUGCAGGCACUAACAGAAACAUUAACAAAAGAAAAACGUGAGAUGUUCUCUGAAAUGAGUGCUGCUGUGGUGGAUAAAGAGAAUCUAGAGACACUCAAGGAGGAGCUCCAGAAGGAACUUAAUGUUGCCAAGAAAGAUUUGGAGAGUUCAGUCCGUGAAUGUGAGGAGCUUAAAGCCUCAAAAAAAAGCCUGGACAACAUGCUGCAAGAGUGCAAGACAAGCAGUCAGGUUACUGAUUCUGAGUGGCUUCACCUUUUGCAGCAGAAAGAGGAUUUGCUUUCUACCCAUAGAAAAGUCUGCAUUGAGAAGGAGGAGCUUCUCAAAGAGAUAAAAGAAUUACAGGAGAAGCUGCAGGUCUCAGUGGAACAGCUGUCUCAGUUCAAUGAGACUAUGAAAGAAGCAUUGUCAUCUUUUGAGGAAGAGAAACAAGCAUUUAGAGUUCAAAAUUCUGAAUCUGAGAUGACCCUACAUACCCUACGCCAAGAAUUGAUGUGCCUGCAGUCGACUCUAGAGCAGCAAAAUAUGGAUUAUGAGUGUUUAGUUGAGAAAAAUGAAGCAUUGGAAGAUGACCACGCAAAAGCCAAAUCUGAAAAUAACACCCUUUCUCUUGACAGGGAUAAACUAAUAAAUGACAUCCGAAUAAUGAAGGACCACUUCGACAAAUCCUCCAAAGUUAAUGCUGACUUAAUUCAAGACAAGUUGGAUUUGACAUCAAAGCUGGAAGAAUUCAAGCAAGAAAGAGAAGAGGCUGAAGCUGAGAUUUCCUCUCUGAAACAAGACAAGACUGACCUUGUAAAUGAACUGCAUAAACAUAAUGCAGACCUUGAAAUUCUUGAAAAAGGUAAAAAGGAAGUUUUACAAGAACUCAAUAAACUUGAAACAGAUUUUGAAAAAGUGAAAUUAGACCUUCUACAACAGAUAGAUAUCCUUACGAAAGAUUGUCAUUUUCUGCAAUCAUUGAAGACUGAGGCUGACAGCAAAAUGCAGUCUUUGCAAGAAGAGAACCAAGGGCUUCUUCAGGAGAACCAGGAGUUAAAAUGUCAGACAGAAUCAUUGUCAGUGUCCAAGAAUCUUCUUGAGACGCAGCUUCAGUCUGAAACCUGUGAGCGGAGUAAAGCACUUUCUGUCCUUGAUGGUCUCUCCACACAAAUUGAAGAGCUACAGAAAAUGGUAUCCAGACUGAGAGAGGAAAAUUGUGAAAUUUCUUCAGGGCUCAAGAAAGUCAAUGAGGAAAAUAAUUUGUUUUUGAUUAAUGUUGAGGCUUUGAGCACAGAAUUGAAGCAGAGGGAGGAAGAAACAAGUCAGUUGAGAGAUGACAAAGAGCAGCUAUUAUUUAAACUUGAAGACAUGGACAAACGGAUGAUGAGCCUGACUACAGAGAAGAUUAACCUUUUAGCCCAACAUUGCAAACUGGAGGAGGAUAUUUCUUCUCUCCACGAUAGCCAGGAAAAUUGGUUUGAAGAGCGUUUGAGGCUCCUUGGACAGUUAGAGCAGUUUCAGCAAGUCCACAAACAAUUAAAAGUUGAUGUCAAGGACCUACAAACUGAAAAAGACUUUUUAGAGAAACAGUACAAGAGUGCAGUUGAGGAGGCAUCAGCUUCUGCCAUUGUGAAAGAGGAAAUUUCUAUCAGCAUGACAAAUUUAACAGCUCAGAAGGAUGCCCUGCAAGCAGAGAGAGAUGAAGCUACCAAGAAAGCCAGACAACUCGAGACCCAACUAAAAAAUACCCUUUCUAUGCAGCUCGAGGCUGCAGAAGCUUCCGGCAAGACGGCUGAAUCUCUUGAAGAGCUGACAAAAGAGAAAACCAGUUUACUGCAGGAGAACAUCAAAGCCAAAGCUUUGGUGGAAGAGCUUCGGAACGCCAAUCAGGAGAUGGAGAUUGUGGUGGAGUCGCUGAAGAAUGAAAAUUCAAAAUACCAAGAGGGCCUGAACGUAUCCAAACAGCAGAUUUGCACAGAAACUCAGAAGACCAAGGGUCUCUCCAAUGAAAUUGAGGAGCUUAAAGAAACUGUUGCAAUGAAGUCACGGUCUCUACAAAUGCUACAGGAUGAGAAGGAGAAGCUGACUCAAGAGCUUGAGAGCUCUCACAAAGAUGGAAGCAAUCUGGUGAAGGUAAUGGAUGAGAACAAGCAACUCAAACGACGAGUGGAAGAGUUAAAACAAAGAGAAUGCAACUUGAAAGAUCAACUGGACAAGGAGAAGUCCACUUUGAAAGAGUCUGUCCAAAAAAGCAGUGCCUUAAUGUCUGAAAAGGACAAGCAGAUGGAAAAGAUGAGGAACGAGCUGGCUGUGCUGCAUGAUGAAAGUGCCUCACUUAAGACACUGCAGCGUACAAUCCAGGCCUUGGAGUGGGACAAAGCUGAGCUACAGGAGCGUAUCGAAAGCCUGGAGAAGGACCUAGCUGCAGGGUCUGACACCAUCAAAAAGCAUUCAGGUGAUGUGAUCUUGGACCAAUUAAGGGAGGAUAAAGAAACUGCAGAAAGUCAGGCAGCGAUUGAGUUCCUGAAUUCAGUCAUUGUGGACCUGCAGAGAAAGAACGAUGACCUAAAGGACAAGUUGGAGAAAAUGGCUGCUGCUGCUCUCAAUGGAAAUAAUGCAAGUGAGCUGGACAACUACGACGGUUUUGACAAGGAACAGGUCAAGAAGCAGCCUUCCCCGCGGCUCUUCUGUGACAUCUGUGACUGUUUUGACCUCCACGACACAGAGGACUGUCCCACACAGAUGCAGAUGCCCGACUCCCCUCCUCACUCCACCUACCACGGCAGUAAGGGCGAAGAACGACCCUACUGUGACAUCUGCGAGGUCUUUGGCCACUGGACCGACUCCUGUAAUGAUGACCAGACCUUUUAAAGCCUUCCUCAGCUCUUGUUCGCACAAUCACUAUAUUUGCACAUCUUGUUAGAUUAAAAGGUAAUUUUGGGAUUUUUGUUUGUGUGCUUGUUUUUUUGUUUUUUUGCCAAGAAUUCCCUUCCACCUCUCUCCUCCUUAACAUGUCCUUAAUGUGAGAACGGUGUUCAGACUCGCUGUCCAAAGAAUUCAGACAGCCACAGAAAAACAUAUAUAUUAAGUAUUUGGGUGGGGGGGAGUACAGUGUUGGGAUUGUGUGAAUGACAUGUUUUAAGGGGAUGACAGUCUGCUUUAGAUCAGUUUAAUUUAUCAACACUUUUUGCACAGCUAUUGUUAGAUUAUGGUAUCCUAAAGGUCCUUUAUCUGAAACUGUAAAUUACAUGAUUUGAAACAAAUAUCAGUUUGUGCAAGAAUCAGUGAGCUAUAGUUUAUUUUUCUAUGAUUGGAAAUAUGUACUCUUUAAAGGUUUGAUAGUAUGUGUAAUUUUGGCUAAGGUGGGAAUUCUGCUCAUUCUUGGGAUCAGAGCAGUAAAACCAUAACUUUAAGGCUUUAAUUAUGAACUUUGUGGUCUUCACAAAUGGACUGCUGGAUGAGGAAACUGAAGCAGUUACACCUGAAGCACUAAACCGUUCAGUCUGUUCCAGUGAAAUGGCCUUUUAAAUGUUUCUUUGCAACUAAAUUGCUGUAUUUAAAAAAAAUACAAAUGUUUUGAAUAUGUAAUAAAGAAAUAUGAAUAAA